AUGGCUCUUCGAAAGAAAGAAGCAAGGAAGAUGGCGAUGAAGAAGAGAAUCCAGGAGAAGUCGGGGUUGAUGGCCCUGCCCACUGAGCUUCUGCUGCAGAUCGUGGAGUACUUGGUACAUGACUUUGCGCCGAACGGGUGCCUCUCCAAGAUUGCAUCAGGUGGACAAGAUACUACUGCCGGGGACGAUCCAACACGAGAAGCAAUAUCUGGCAGCAAAGGUGCAAGAACGAUCAAACAGCUGGGCCAAGUCACACGAUUACUGCGCCGCGUGUCCCUCAUGUCUGCCUCAUCAAACCUCAGCAUCAUGAUGGCCAACAAAGAACUUAACAUUGUGGGGAUGGAUGUCCUCUUCAGAACCAACACCAUCACACUCACCUCCCGCGAGACCAGGGACCUCGUUCGGCGGCCCGGGCAGCUAGAUCUCAUCAGACACCUGCGCAUCCGCGAACGCAACCCUCUCGACUCCUUCAUCGUCAUGCAGGGCAACGGCAAAUGCGAUGGCCUCCUCCGCACUCUCCUCAAAGCAGACGAACUGCGAACGCUUCACAUCGACAUCGAGCCUUUCUUCGUCAGAAAGGCCCGGAUCGCCUCAGACAAGUACGACUGCUGGACCUACGGCCCAGGCCACUUCAUCCACGAACUUGGCCUCGAGGGCCUCGUCGUCUGGCGAUGCACCGGCAUCGGAACCUACACCCUCGUGCCGCUCCCCUCCCUGCCGCAAGCCCAUGUCCUCGGCCGCCCUCAGCGAAAGAAAUGGCUCACACCCACCCUCCUCAAGAAAAUCACCCUCUACCUCCCCAACAUCAUCAACCCCUGGACCACCGUCUGCGCCCUCCCCACACAUGAACUCCGCGACCUCACCAGGCGAAGAGGCUACCCUCCUAAUCCCUACUCCCUGACCUGGUUCCGGCCCACCAGCGACCCCGCCAACAAGAACACCCCUCUGCACACCCUCUUCGAUUGGCUCGCCGCCAUACGCUUCGACAGCGUCUCCCAGAGCCGCCACGGCAUCGACUGGACGGUCGGCAUGCGACACAGCCUGGCGGGUACGCAGAUGCUCGGGAACGAGCACAUGGAGGUUCCAGAGCAAGGGGGCAGUCUUGAGCCUGGGGAGGGAGGCCCGCUGGUGAAUCACUGGUGGACGACGACGUUUGUGGCGAUGAGUGUGAGGGCGAGGAAUGAGGUUUUGGAGGGGAGGAGGUUGGCGGCGAGGGAGAGCAGGAGGGGGAUGGGAGUUUGGUGGGCAGAGGGUGAUGAGAGCGGGGCUGGGGAGAGGUUUCGGUUGAUUGCGAUGUGA